AUGACAGAGAGCGCCCAGACGAACAAUGAGGUGAAAACUCCUCAAGCAAGCACUAAUCCAAUGCCACCAUCGUCGGUGGAGCAAGAGGCAGCCCCAGCUCAGCCGCCAAAAGUUGCUAAAACUCCCGAAGCAAAUACAACUGUGAAUAGCACCAAAGCGGAAACAACAAAUUCAAAUUACGUUGCCUCCUCGAACAAGCUCUUUGUCGGCGGCCUGGCGAAUCUCAAUCAUACGAAUGAAAUGCUCGAAGAGUAUUUCUCCAAAUGGGGCAAGGUGCUCUCAUUUGCGCUCAUCAAGGACGCGACACAGCGGUCAAAGGGAUACGGCUUCGUAACAUUCGAACAAGUAGACAGCGCUUCUGCCUGUCUCAACCAAACGCAACACUUUAUUGAAGGAAGAAGCAUCUCUGUCAAGAAUUGUAAAGAAAAAGAGCGACAUGGCGGGCGACCCUACCAGAACAGCUCUUACAGCAGCAGCCCAAAUUAUCAGAAUCACUAUCAACGAAGCCCUGGACAUCAUCAGUAUCAGAAUCACGGUGGAUAUUACGGUAGAGGAGGCCCGAUGCAGCACAUGCACUGGGGUGGACAUAAUGGCCGGCCAUAUAUGAAUUCUCACCACUCCCCAGAGCACCUCCACCACCAAGCAGACUCGAUGAGCACAAAAAGUAACAACAGCCACCGCAACAACGCGACGCCCAGAACCAACACGCCUAACAAAUUCGACGACGAAUUGAGCGUCUACGUCGGUGGAGUUCCACACAUGGCUUCUGAGCAAGACCUUACCUCGCACUUUUCGCGCUUUGGAAUUGUCGAAGCCGUCUCUGUCGCCAAGAACAAGGAUAACCAGGAGCCAAGAGGGUUCGCAUUCGUUACUUUUCAGUCAAAGGAGGAUAGAAAUAAGUGCUUGGAAUCAAGGGAGCAGCAUUCAGUGAACAACAGAAUAUUGAGAGUGGAGAAGAAGAGAAUCUCGAACAAGACGCGUGAUAGACACCACCCUGGUGGACCAGGAAGGAUCAAACACGCAACGGACUCGGCCCGCUCCACUACUGCUCCCGUCUCGCCAGAAAUAAUGAAAAGUCAUUAUGGGCAAUCGAUACCUAUUACGAAUCAUAUCCAACAGUACUUUCCGCACUAUCAGAACCAGCACGUCUAUCCACAAUAUUUAUACCACCAUGGACCGGUUUACCAGCCUUACAUACAAGGAAACAAUGUCGACCAGAACAUGGUGGUUAACCAGCCGAUUAUUAUGCCACAGCAGAUGAUGCAGCAGCCGCCUAUGGUUAUGCAGCAAGCUCACAAUCACUAUCAGCAACACCCUCAACAACAUCCUGGUCAAAUGGGCUACAACAUGUAUCAAUCGCACCACCAGUCAGUGGCUCCGCCGAUCCAAGAGAAAGAUAACCAAGCUGUGAACACUGCCUAA